AUUGUUAUUAUGGAUCAAGACAAUUCUUCUACGUUUCAAUAUAAUUCAGAAGAAGAUACUAAUAAUUUAUUAGAAUCUAAUUCUGAAUCUUCAUUGCCUUAUAACCUUGAAUGCUUUCCUGAACAUUCUACAUCAUUAUAUACUUCUGAAUAUUCAACUUCACCAUACAAUUCUGACCAAUUUACUUCGAUAUCAGAUAAUCCUGAAAAUCUUAUUUCACUGUUAGAGAAUUUUGACUACUCCGAUUCUUCAAAUAGUAAUACUACACAAAAUACUAAAAAACAUAAGUCAGAAUUUAUUAUAUCACCAAAUAAAAAAUCAAGACCUGAAAAAAGCCGGGUGUGGCAUCAUAUGAAAAAAGAUAAAAUUGUAAAAAAAGAAACAAUAUGUUUAGUCCCAGUUAAACAGAAUGAAAAAAUAGAAAAAUGCGGAGAAACAUUUGCACUUAGUACUAGUACAAGCACUCUAGGAUCUCAUUUACCUCAAAAAGAUCCCACACAACCCACAUUGUUAGAUAUAAUUAAAAAACCACCACCAUUACUUUCUAAAAAAAAGAUAGAUUAA